ACGGCUCAGAGCCCCGCCAUCAAAGCAAGCAGGGCUCACUGUAUCUCAACAGCAGGGCUGGACUCUUCCGGGGAAACAUCGACCUAGGUACCUACCUAGUCGUGUGUUUUGCCCUAGUAGUAUUCUUCUUGCAAGUAGCAAGUAUCUCAUACUCUUGUACUUGCGUCUUUCUGCCCUCAAAUCGGCCUGAGUGAGCUUCUUUCAAGGACACCCGGGCGGCGCUACAGCGCAAAGCAUAUCAGCAACCACACGCAAGUCCAGGGAUAUCAAAAUGGCGACUCAAACAACAGAGCCGGAUCCCCUCACGGGUCUGGUCCCGACGGUGAUCUCUAUCAUCAACUACGGAGAAACUGAGAUCUCUAGGAUCACCUCAGGCCAAGAGACGAAGGAACAGCAGGCCGAGCAGGACAAGCCGGAACUGAACGCGCUCGAGCUCGCAAAAGACUCAGCAGAGUUGAUCCGAGCACAUGCUACCAAGAUCUCUUUGUUCAUCAUCAACGAGCCCUUCACCCCCACAGCCAUCGCAAAGGUUCUCAAAGAGCUUCUUAAGGAGGCGCUCCCAUCCAUCGUCAUGGCCGCCCAGCUCUGUGCCCCAAGCCGCUACACAGCUACGUUCCGCAAAGACCUGGCCUGGCGCUGCGGGCGGGUACUGAAAGAGCUCAGAGUCCUCCUCCUCAAGAUACCCUCAGAUGGGAAGAUCCUCUCCGAUAUCCAGAAAAACGGCAGUCAGGAGCUGGGGGGUGACAAGGGCAGUCUCGCCAUCACGGGUCUCCUAUGGAAUGCCUGCGACGACUUGACCAGCAUGGCAAAGGGAGGCAUUGUUGCGCACUUAUCGAAGAAGGUUGAGCAGUACCGCGACACUCUCAAGGACGUCAUGGAAGAGCUGAAGGAGUGGAGUGAGGAGACGGAUGACGAUGACGAGGAUGAUAUCGCUCUGGACUACGGCGAUGCCGACGGCCCUGCUCAGAACGUCAUCUCCACACAGGCCAUGCUGGACGACAUGAUGAACUCGCAACGGCAUAUCCCUGCAGACGACCCAGACAGCAUUAGGCCACGACUGGACUCAUGUCUGAGACGGAUUCGUCUAACCACAAUACUGUACCAAGCUGUCAUCAAGAGGCGAUUGAAAACGCUCCCUAAGCUCCCUACGCCUGCAGCCAGUGCCGCCUGUCCCAGGAUCGACGAGGUGCUCUUAAUGCUGAAAAACGUCCCCGACGGCUUUAACGAUGUUGCCGCAGCUUUUUACGAGUUAUCGCCAGCGGAUAUCGACAAGCACAUGGAUGAGCGCUUUCUUGAGGCCUUCGCCAUAUCAGAGAAGCUUCUGAAGCCAUGGACAGGGGCGGAAAAGGACGAGUUCACAGACUGGGCUCUCAAGUUCCAGGUGGAGAUCAAAAAGAACUCAUAGCCACAGGUCACUGUAACUCAUCCAGCUUUAUGAUACCCUAGAUUAGACACAAAUACUGGCAGUAAACGCAUCCAGCUCAUGCUUUAAUAGUUUACACCAGUGUCUCUCAGCUUUCUCUCGUCGGUAUGUACUACCAACAGCUCACCACACCCCCGACAUCUCCUCAAGCCACCUCGACCGACU